AGGUUAAGAUAUUAAUGUCAAAAUAAUAAAAAUAUUUAUAACAAUAAAUGAGUAAUUUAAUAAAUAAGCAGCACAGAAACUAAACAUGGACAGGCAUAAGCCAGGUCUUAAUGCUCAAACAUUUUUAGUUACUUUGAAUGAGUAUGGGCAAAAAAUAUACACGUCUCAAACAAAUCCUUCUAAAAGUUAUAUCAUAGAUGAAGAAGGAAAUUUGUUGGAGUACAAUGCUGGUUUGGGCUCCGAUCAUGUUGAUUCUCAAGCAAUGCACAAUAACGACGAUGAUGAUGACUCUAAUGGUAUGGAUGUUGCCCCCUUGGGAGAUGAUUCCCAGCUUGGCCUAAUAGGUUCAUUAGAUUCUGAUUUUGAGAACAAUUUAAUGCAUGAACUUGAUUCUGGAUUGCUGACCAUGGUGGGAGAUAGUACUUCGCAUUAUAUCAUACAGCAUAUGGAUAUUCAAGAACCUUUAUUGAAACUCAGGAAACUCCUUGAGACAAAGUUACAACUCAAUCUGGAACACUAUAAAUUCUUCUUACAGGGAGUUCAAGAAUUGGAAAGUCACAGAAAUUUGGUAGAGCAAUGUGUUCAAGGAGAGGGCAUUGUGCAAAUAAAUGUCCAAAUUCAGAAUAACACUAAAAGGAUUAAUAUAAUAGAUGUGCUAAAACCUGCGGUGGAUCUCAUAGCAGAUGACACUUCAAGUAAAUCCGGUAAAGAGACAGAGGAAGAUGAUGCUUCCAAACAUAAAAACAUAGUGCAAUGGCAGGUGGACGUAAACUUUAGAAAAGAACAGGAAAGGUUGAAAAUGCCCAUGGAUCCCGAGGAAUGGGGUGUUAUACACGUUAGACAUUGGCUGCAGUGGGCGGUGAGGCAUUUUAAUCUUCCGAAUAUCAAGCUUUCUGAUUGGUCGAUGAGUGGAGAAGAGCUCUACAAACUGACCAUGCAGGAUUUUCAGAGGAUUGUACCGUCCGAUCCGUCUGACAUAUUUUGGACACAUUUGGAGCUUUUGCGAAAGAUGAAGGUUGUAGCAAUUAUUAAAGAAGACGAUAUCGAUAUUUCUCCACCUAAAAGAAGAACGAAACUGAUGGAACAGAGCAAGAUCACCAAGGGUAAGAAUUUCGCACCGACGGUUUAUAAAUAUUUCGAUAGUACCAUGAACUGCAAGAACGGGUUCAAUGGACAAAUACAAUUAUGGCAAUUCCUACUGGAAUUGCUCACUUCUAAGGAAUACAUGAAUAUUAUCAGUUGGAUCGGUAACGAGGGAGAGUUCAAGCUGAUGAAUCCUGCGGACGUGGCCAAGUUGUGGGGGGAGAGGAAAAACAAGCCGAAGAUGAACUACGAGAAACUCUCCAGGGCCCUCAGGUACUAUUAUGACGGUGACAUGAUAUGCAAAGUGAGCGGGAAGAGAUUCGUGUAUAAAUUCGUCUGCGAUCUGAAGCAACUGCUAGGUUACAGUGCGGUCGAGCUCUCCAAUUUAGUGAACUUCCGAAAUCCCAAGAAACCAUCUUAGCGUUCCUCGCGUUUUGGAGUUUUACGAAUGUUGGAAGGAUUUUAUUGUUUGUUUUUGUAUUUGCUCAGAAUGGAAUGCUGAAAUGUAAGUUUUGUUUAUUCAAUUGUCUCGUGUGCAACCUGGGAUAAUUUGUGCUGGCUUUGUUCUUGUAUAUAUGUAAAAAAAUAAUUGAUUGAAAUAUAUUUUGUUAUCAGAGU